AUGGGUUUCUUCGAUUACCUCCAGAAGAAAGGAGUCGGGGCGAUCCAGGCGCAAAAGGUUCAAAUCCGUAAAGUAGAGCGCAAGCCUUCAGCAGUAAAGCCUUCUUCCCUACCGGCUUCGAAAUCUACCCCAUCGCGUACAACACUCGUUUCGAAGGCUACAGUCGCGCGCAGAUCCACCAGUUCAGCCAGCACUCCAGUUCGUGAUCCUAAACCCAGAUCGAAGUCCACCUCGCGUAAGAGGAACGCCUCUGAACAGACGCUAUGCAGCAGCAGUGACGAUAGCGAUACCGACCAGCUGCUAGAUUUUCGAUUACGCAAGCGGGCAAAAGUCAGUGCGAGCGCUGAGCCGGAUCCCCAACGAUUUCAGUUGAUGGUGCCCCGCGAUAACGACGGAUUCAAGCCACUUGACGAUAUUGUCCAGGUGAUCGAAAUCGUUUCCCAGAACUAUAUUCCCGAGGAGCACGUGCCACUUUUUGAUGAGGAAUCCAACGGUUUAUUACGUCGGUUGCGUCGCGCACUUGUCCAGGGCUCCUUGGCCAAUUUCCUUGAUGGAAUCAAGCAUUACAAUGAAACUAUCAAGCGGCUAAGAUUGGACGGAUCGAUAUCCCAACACCUUGAUUCCUUGCACAUGCUGCGGCUUCCGCUGGUGGAGAGAAUAUUGACACAAGUUUACUCGCGGACCGUUUCCCCUCGUGUUGACUCGCUACGCCAGUACGUAAACGGAAGUGAUAACGUUUAUGGGGAACUUUUGCCACGGCUUAUUUCGAAGAUUUUCGCUGAAACCCGGCUGAAAUCAGACCAGACUUUUGUGGAUCUAGGGUCAGGAGUCGGAAAUGUCGUCCUCCAAGCAGCUUUGGAAAUUGGAUGCGAGAGUUGGGGCUGCGAGGUGAUGCAGAAUGCCUGCGAUUUGGCAGAGCUCCAAGAGAAAGAGUUCAAGACUCGAUGUCGUCUAUGGGGCCUUGCUCCUGGUAAAACCCGGUUGAUAAGAGGAAGUUUCCUCGAGUCAGAUAGCAUUGGGAAGAUUCUCCACAAAGCCGACGUGGUGCUUAUCAACAACCAAGCAUUUACCCCCGAAUUAAAUAACAAGUUGGUUAACUACUUCCUUGACAUGAAAGAAGGCUGCCAGAUUGUGUCACUCAAGUCGUUUGUGCCCCCAGGCCAUCGGAUACAAGCUCGGAACUUAAAUUCGCCGAUCAACCUACUCUCAGUCAAGGAGAAGCAAUAUUGGUCUGACAGUGUUAGCUGGACUAACGCUGGAGGAAGAUAUUAUAUCGCUACGAAGGAUAGCUCCCGGUGA